GCAAGGAAGUGACACAAACAAAACGUCAUACAUUCUUAUUUUCAAAAUCUAGAUCAAACCACAUUUUAACGGUAGAGUUUGGAUCAUCUUCAUAAAAAUCUAAUCCCAUUCAAACGGAGGAAAGAGGGAAUUUUGAACUCAGUUCUUGUACACUCUCAUAUCUAUAAGAAAAACUCAAAAACAUGUAACAACUUCCAUCACUUGCUAACAUCAAGGAGCUUUCUUUGAUGGCUGUGGUGGCGCCGCCAUUCUCCGGCCGCCACCGCCCUCCAAUCAUAUAUAAACCAACUCCAACUCCCACAUCAAUUUUCAAAAAUUCCCUUCUUUCAACUUCAACUCCAAAAUCGUACUUCUCUGUCUCUGCUCAAACUCAAACCCAUCAAUCCCGAUCCACCAACCCGGUUUCUCAGCUCUCGCUUCUCGAAGAGAUUUUCAAGCUCUGUGAAGCAAGUAAUCUCAAUGGAGCUCUCAAUUUUCUUCAGAGAGUAUGGAAGAACAAUCCUGGUUUUGAUUUGGCGCAGAGAAAAGAGGCCAUGGGUAUGUUGUUGCAGAAAUGUGGGCAGCAUAAAGACGUCGAAAUUGGCCGGAAACUUGAUGAAAUGUUGUCCGUCUCCUCUCAGUUCUGUGGCGACUUCGUUCUCAAUACCCGCCUCAUCACUAUGUACUCCAUUUGUGGAUAUCCUUCGGAUUCUCGAUUGGUCUUUGAUCGUUUGCAGAACAAGAAUUUGUUUCAGUGGAAUGCACUUGUUAGUGGGUACGUUAGAAAUGAACUGUACGACGAGGCGAUUCACACUUUCAUUGAGUUGAUAUCGGUAACCGAAUUUGAACCUGAUAAUUUUACGUUGCCUUGCUUGAUUAAGGCCUGUACUGGGAAGUAUGAUGUUCAUUUGGGGCAAUCGGUUCAUGGGAUGGCGGUGAAAAUGGGGUUAAUCAUGGAUUUGUUUGUGGGUAAUGCGAUGAUUUCGCUGUAUGGCAAAUGUGGGUUUGUAGACGAAGCCGUCAAGGUGUUUGACAAAAUGCCUGAACGAAACUUGAUCUCUUGGAAUUCGUUGAUUUGUGGGUUUUCUGAGAAUGGAUUUUGGCUGGAAGCUUAUAGUGCUUUUAGGAGUCUUUUGGAGGGUGGUGAUGGCUUGAUUCCUGAUGUUGCUACAAUGGUAACUCUGUUGCCUGUGUGCUCAGGAGAAGGAGAUGUAGAUAUGGGAAUGGUAAUUCAUGGGAUGGCAGUGAAACUGGGGCUAGUUCAUGAACUAAUGGUGUGUAAUGCUUUGGUUGACAUGUAUUCAAAAUGUGGUUGCUUGUCACAAGCAGUGAUUUUGUUUCGUAAGAUUGAGAACAAAAAUAUAGUUUCUUGGAAUUCCAUGAUUGGUGCAUAUUCUAGGGAAGGAUUCGUAUAUGAAACAUUCGAACUGUUGAGGAAGAUGUGGAUGGAAGAAGAAAUGAUGGAAGUAAAUGAAGUCACCAUAUUGAAUUUGUUACCUGCUUGUUUGGAAGAAACUGAACUGUUGAGUUUGAGGGCACUUCAUGGAUAUUCACUCAGAUAUUCGUUUCAAUGUGACGAAUUGAUAAAUAAUGCAUUUAUAGCGGCCUAUGCAAAGUGCGGAUCAUUGAUUUCUGCUGAGCAUGUCUUCUUUGGAAUGAAUACCAAGUCAGUUAGCUCUUGGAAUGCAAUCGUUGGUGGAUAUGCUCAAAAUGGUGAUCCAAGAAAAGCUUUAGAUUUUUAUUUUCAGAUGACACGUUUGGGCUUCCUUCCCGAUGAUUUUAGCAUUGCUAGCCUACUAUUGGCUUGUGCCCGUUUGGGACAUCUACAAUAUGGCAAAGAGAUACAUGGAUUUGUGUUAAGGAAUGGAUUAGAGAUGGAUUCAUUUGUUGCUGUCUCUUUGCUAUCACUUUAUAUCCAUUCUUCAAAACCUUUAUAUGCUAGAACUUACUUUGAGAGGAUGGGAAACAAAAACUUAGUGUGUUGGAAUGCAAUGCUUUCUGGUUAUUCUCAAAAUGAACUUCCAAACGAAGCACUCUCUCUGUUUCGUGAAAUGCUUUCUGAACAACUCGAAACUAACAAGAUUUCCAUAGUGAGUAUUCUUGGGGCUUGUUCACAGCUAUCAGCUCUUGGUCUAGGAAAAGAGGUUCAUUGUUUUGUCUUGAAAAACUGUCUUAUAGAAGACAAUUUUGUUGCUUGUUCGCUCAUGGACAUGUAUGCCAAAAGUGGCUGUUUAGGACAAUCUCAACGAAUAUUUAACAGGUUAAACGCGAAAGAAGUGGCUUCAUGGAACGUCAUGAUCACAGGAUUUGGUGUUCAUGGACAAGGUAACAAGGCCAUGGAGCUAUUUGAGGAGAUGCAGAGAUCAGGUAAGCAGCCUGAUAGGUUUACUUUUCUAGGAGUUCUUCAGGCAUAUUGUCAUGCUGGAUUGGUGUCAGAGGGGCUAUAUUAUCUUGCUCAAAUGAAAAGUUUGUACAAACUAGAGCCAGAACUCGAGCACUAUGCAUGUGUGAUUGACAUGCUCGGUAGAGCAGGCCGACUAAAUGAAGCAUUAAACCUCAUAAAUGAUAUGCCUGAAGAACCGGAUGCUAAAAUCUGGAGCUCAUUGCUCAGUUCUAGUAGAACUUAUGGUGAUCUAGAAAUGGGAGAGAAAUUUGCUGGAAAAUUGUUAGCACUGGAAGCAAACAAAACUGACAGCUAUGUUUCAAUCUCUAACUUGUAUGCCACAGCAGGAAAAUGGGAUCAUGUGCGAAUGGUGAGACAGAAAAUGAAGGAUCUCAGCCUUCAGAAAGAUGCUGGCUGCAGUUGGAUUGAACUUAGAGGAAAAAUCUAUAGUUUUAUAGCAGGCGAAAACAUAAAUACAAGUUCAGACGAGAUUCGAAAAAUGUGGAACAGAUUGGAGAAACAGAUUGUGGAAAUUGGCUACACACCUGAUUCUAGUUGUGUUCUUCAUGAAUUGGAAGAGGUUGAAAAGAUUAAGAUGUUGAAGGGACAUAGUGAGAAGCUUGCAAUUUCUUUUGGCUUCUUAAAGACUAAAGAAGGCACUACAUUAAGAAUCUCCAAGAGUCUAAGAAUUUGUAGAGACUGUCACAAUGCAGCCAAAUUUAUAAGUAAGGCUGCUGAAAGGCAGAUUAUUAUUAGAGACAAUAAACGUUUUCAUCACUUCAAAAAUGGGUUUUGUUCAUGUGGAGAUUACUGGUAGAGGAAGAUCAUGAAACUAUUUCUUGACUUUUCAUCAAGAUUCUCAGACCAGUACCCAGAAAAAGGAAAUGGAGCAAAUUGCAAAAUGGCCCCUUAUGAAAAAGUUAUUUUCUUUGAGAUGCUGUUAUUAAAUUGAAAAUUGAGUUAACUUAAAUCAACUUAGAAUCAUAGACCAACAACAAAUAACUUGAAGAUCGAAUUUUUAUCAAUAGGUUCCUCAGUUACUGAAAGAAAACUCAUACCCAUCAAUCUAUAUUGGGAGAAGACAAUGAAAAAGAUAUUUUAAAUUUUUAUUUAUUUAUUUGUUUAAACCUUUAUAAGGUUUGGCGAGAAACUGUUUGUAGCACUGUUAUUUAUUUCUUUCACAAUUCGAAGUUUCGUCUUCUCUUUACUGAUAUUGUUCGCCGUUCGGAAAAUCGAGAAGAUAGAACAGAAAAGUGAUUUGGAGAGCGGCAUGCUGUCGUCUGCGUCAGCUCCGGCCUCUCCUCCGUCGGCGUCUCAUUCACAGAAUUCUGCUACCCAAUCUUCCCCUCGCAAACACUUAGCCGAGGCUGCAACCAAUAAUGACGGACUUCUUAAUGCCGAGGAGAAGAAACCCGAUUUAUCGGAUCAAUUUGAAGAUUUUGAUCAUUUCAAUUCCAGUCAGAAGUACAAGAAAUAUGAAGCUGACUUCGCUCAACGCCUAAUGGCCAAAUACUUUUCCAAGAAAAACCUCUAUGGAGGAAACAUCUUUGAAGAGAACACAACAAUCGACGGCGAGAUUAUAAAGUCGAGCAAGUGGCCUUGUACAAGGUCUUUUGCAGAUCCUUUGCAGGGUUUUGAAGAUCACAGAAGCAGCUGUUCAACAUCCGCCAUGGAAACCCACGGUGCUAUCUCAAAUGGGAAGCAUGCUGUGAAGAAGAAUGGAUGAUAUGUUUUAAGAAUGAAUAAGAUGAAGCCUGGGGCAUGGGACUGUGUAGCUCAGUGCAGAUGAUUUUUGGGUAAAUUGCAAAAACCAUAACUAUAGUGGUAGUUGCAAUUACCCUCGAACUUUCAAUCGUAAAAAUUGAGCUCUCAAACCUAUAUGCGUGUUAAAGUUGGACCAUCAAACUUACAAUAGUUCUAAAAAUUGAACUCCCAAAUGAUAAAAAUAGAACCAAUUUGUACAAUUGUUACAAUUUCUUCAAUUAUGUAAGUUUGGAGGUACAAUUUUAACACUUGUUUAAGUUUGAAGAGUCGACUUUUAUAAUUGAAAUUUCUAUAUUAUAAUUGCAACUACCACCAUAGUUUAAAGGUGGUUUUGCAACGGUGCAAUUGCAAUUUGCUUUAAAUUGUUUUAUACACUUUUUAGCUAUAGCAAAUAGUCGCAUUUAAUUUAUUUUUAAUCCUGAUUUUAACCUAAACAAACAUUCAUAAUGCUCUGCAGUUGCCUUUCUUGGCAGUAUGUUAUAUAUAUUAGCCAUUAGGAGCAGCAAAUUUACCAUUGAUUUAUAUAAAAUUAUCAAACAGCAGUGAAAAA